AUGCCGGAAGAAGAAAAGAAGGACUCCAUUGUCAAUGGUGAAGAAGAAGAAGACGAGGACGAAGUGAACGGCGAAGGAAAUGCCGAUGCAGGAGGAGCCAAAAAGAAAAAGAAGAAAAAGAAAAAGAAGAAAAAGGGUGGAGGUAAUGCAGUUCCACUAGCUGAAAAGAAGGAACCCUCGGAGAAACCUCCUCAUCGUGGACUACUUCCCACAGCCUUUACUGAUGCUCACGUCAAAUAUGGUCAAACCAAUCCUCCCACCAUUCCUGUGGCAGACGUCUUUCGUGGAUUCGAGUUCCCCAAGGGAGAAAUUCAGAACUAUGCCUUGGAAUCUCAAUCUUACCGCGAAACAUCAGCCGAAUGUCGGGCCCGUGAUCGAUUGAACGAAGAUGUCUACAAAAAGUGCCGCGAGGGAGCUGAGAUUCACCGUCAAGUCCGAAACUUUGCCCAAUCGUUGGCCAAGCCUGGAAUCAAGUUGAUUGACAUGUGUACCCAAUUGGAGAACAAGAAUCGUGAACUCUGCCGUGAAGCUGGAUUGGAACGAGGAAUUGCCUUUCCAACUGGCUGUAGUUUGAAUCAUGUCGCAGCUCACUACACUCCCAAUAAUGGUGAUGAUACCGUCCUUGGCUUUGAUGAUGUCAUGAAGGUGGAUUUCGGAGUCCAGAUUGAUGGACGAAUCAUUGACAGUGCUUGGACCUGUAGUUUCAAUCCUCGCUACGACCCUCUCUUGGAGUCUGUGAAGGAAGCUACCAACACUGGUGUUGCCACUGCUGGUAUCGAUGUUAGAUUGUGUGACAUUGGAGAAGCCAUCCAAGAAGUCAUGGAAUCUUACGAGGUUGAAUUGGAUGGAACUACUUAUCCUGUCAAGUGCAUUCGGAACUUGAAUGGUCACUCGAUUGAUCAAUACCAAAUUCAUGCUGGAAAAUCUGUUCCCAUUGUCAAGGGUGGAUGCGAAGAGUCCUUGAUCAUGGAAGAAGGUGAAAUCUAUGCCAUUGAGACCUUUGGAUCGACUGGUCGUGGUUAUGUGGUGGAAGACAUGGAAUGCAGUCACUACAUGAAGCGUUUUGACUGCCCUCACGUUCCAUUGCGUAUGCAAUCGUCGAAGCGCUUGUUGGCUCACAUCAACAAGACCUUUGGUACCUUGGCAUUCUGCCGUCGAUGGUUGGAACGUGAUGACGGUGGUUCGGCUACUGUGAAUGGACAAGAAGGAAAGCAAGAGAAAUACAUGGGAGCAUUGAAGAAUUUGUGUGAUGUUGGUAUCAUCACUCCAUACCCUCCACUUUGUGAUACCAAGGGAUGCUACACGGCACAGUAUGAACACACUAUCAUGAUGAGACCAACAUGCAAGGAAGUGGUUAGUCGCGGUGACGAUUACUAA